GCAGUUUGAGCCUGCUAUACUAAAUAUCACUGCUACGAUUAAUUGAAUGCAUAGAUCAUGUUUAAUUUAGCUGCGGUCCGGGCCUAUGAGCAGCGUCUGCUCUUUGAUUCGCCCGGUCUGAUUGGUUGGAUCUAUAGGUGUGUCGGGGGGCGUGGCCUUCCCCGCACAGGAGACGCAGCUUGUGACGUUGGAGAGAGGAGGGGUGGGGGGAGUCGGCAACGCGUCAAGGUCCCAACUGAGCCGGUCACAGGACCAAAAACACCUCCCUCCCCUCUCAUCUAGUCUCGGAAAAACUUUCAACACAAUCUGGAAAUGCUUCGAGUGGCAGGGGCGCAGGAGGUUGGAGAGCAUGUUUUGUGAGGAAGAUCAAGACCAGCUCGUUUGUGACCCUGAACAGGAUUAAGCAGUCUGGAGAAUAAUGGGUAAUCCCUAUAAGUUUGGAUCACCGGUCUCCAACAUGGCAAUUGAUCUCUACAGUCCUCCAUCCCCUCUUGGGGAAUCCCUCCUGGACAGUCCACUGUGUGCAGACCUGAUGGGGAAUCUUCCUGACUUUUCCCAGUCAAUAGAAGAUGACUCACUGGGAUUUGAUUUCCCGGAGUACGAAAACUCUGGUUCUGGGUCCAAUAACUCUAUCACACUGGAUACGCUAACUCCGGCCUCCAGUCCUUUGUCUGGGGUGUGUGGCGCAUCGCUUUGUCCAGAUGAGGGUAGUAGCCCCCUUAACCUCGAGUGCAGGGUGUGCUCAGACAAAGCUUCAGGCUUUCACUAUGGCGUGCAUGCAUGUGAGGGCUGCAAGGGUUUCUUCCGGAGGACCAUCAGAUUAAAGCUGGAAUACGACAAGUGUGAACGCAACUGUAAAGUCCUGAAGAAGAAUCGAAACAAAUGCCAGUACUGCAGGUUCCAGAAGUGUCUGUCUGUGGGGAUGUCCCAUAACGCCAUCCGGUUCGGUCGGAUGCCCCAAGCAGAGAAGCUGAAGCUCAAGGAGGAAAAUAAAGUUGUCGAAACAAAACAAGAAGAUCCCAUCAAGGCCGACCACAAGAUUCUGGUCAGACAGAUCCACGAAGCCUACAUGAAGAACUUCACCAUGAACAAAGCAAAAGCGCGCCUCAUACUGACCGGGAAAACCAGCAAGCCGCCUUUCGUCAUCCAUGACAUGGAGACGUUUCAGCUUGCCGAGAAGACGUUAGCAGCCCACAUGGUAAGGACGGAGUCCGCGGAGUCCGACGGAGACCUCCGAGCGGGGCAAAUAAUCCCGGCCAUGGCGUGCGAGGAGCACCAGCAGAGGGAGGCUGAGGCGCGGCUUUUCUACUGCUGCCAGAGCACCUCGGUGGAGACGGUCACCGAGCUGACCGAGUUCGCCAAAGCUGUGCCCGGCUUUCAGAGCCUGGACUUGAAUGAUCAGGUGACUCUUUUGAAAUAUGCGGUUUAUGAAACCCUCUUCACCCUCCUGGCGUCAUGUAUGAACAAGGACGGCCUCCUCGUGGCACGCGGUGGAGGCUUCAUCACCCGCGAAUUCCUCAAAGGCCUCCGGCGGCCUUUCAGCGACAUGAUGGAGCCAAAGUUCCAGUUCGCCACGCGCUUCAACUCUCUGGAUCUGGACGACAGCGACCUGGCCCUCUUCGUAGCGGCCAUCAUCUGCUGUGGGGACCGUCCCGGCCUGGUGGACGUGCCUCUGGUGGAGCAGCUGCAGGAAAGCAUCAUCCAGGCUCUACGGCUCCACCUGCUGGCCAAUCACCCAGACGACGCGUUCCUCUUCCCCAGACUGCUGCAGAAACUGGCCGACCUCCGGGAGCUGGUAACGGAGCAUGCACAGCUGGUUCAGGACAUCAAGACAACGGAGGACACGUCGCUGCACCCCCUCCUGCAGGAGAUCUACAGAGACAUGUACUGACAGAGUUACUUCGAGUUCACAUUAGGGUGAAUGCUCCGAACAGACUGUCCCGGCCGUCACCUUCUGCACAAGUAUUAACUAAAAGCCGAACACUGAGCUGAACAUGCAGUCAUGUACAGUUAGGUAUACAUACAUUUAUGCACAGUAACCGGAUAGGAUUUCUCUACAUACAUGCACUGAUUUGAGCCCAGGAACAUGAAGCACAGAUUUCCUUAGGUGGGGUUGGAAUAGUCCUAUUUCUUGUGUGUAUUUAUUCAAACCGGCCUAAUCUGCCCUUUUCUUUUUUUUUUUAAGAUAUACUGUUGGAGAAAAAACAUAAAUCCGUGCUUUAAAUGUCUACUGCUUGAGAUCAGGUUCCGUUACCACGACUUCUUCUAUUGUAAACUGCAGUUUCUAAUGUUGCAAAUUAAUAUUAAUCUUUCAGUGUGCUGCUUGAAAAGCUCGGAGAUCGCCGCGGUUUGCCUUUGACCUUUUCAGGUUUCUAAUCUGCCGAGUAGAACAUGUCUUUGUCCAAGCCCUGUGAAUUCAACUCACUGGCCUGUAUUACAUAUUUGCACUAAAAACACAACGAUCUGUAGAACUGGUUCACGUAAUAUUUUGGAAAUAUAACCAGAACCCAUUGACAACAGAGAAAGAUAAGGGGGCUACCAAAACAGGGAAGCUUGCUGCCUUAUUUUCUCAUUUCAGACAUUGAGCCAAUCUUGUAUGUGCUAAUUAAGCGCUUUAUAUUUUUUUUAAAAUCAUGUACAGUACACGCAAUUACUUCUGUAAAAAUAAUUACUCUGUAGAAGCAUAAUGUGAAUUUAUAUAUUUAAUUAUUUUAUGUACAAUGCGGUGAUUUAUAUCUACUGAUGUUGUAAAGCGAUUUAUCUUUUUAACCACUCUCUUCAUUAAAAUUGAGUCAACACAUUUUUUUUUUUUAUGUUUUCAUUCCUCACAGGUAAGCUGAACUGGUUUGGUCCCAAUUGCUGCAAUAAAUAA